AUGCCGGCGGUGAGGAAAGAUGAUGAAGACCUAAGUCCGUCCCGUUCAUUUCGGUACAGUGUUAAGGUUGUGCAGCUUCGUUUAGCCAAUGGUGAUGUAUCUAAAAAAAAGUUCAAGUUGACAGUAGAACGGGCACAUAUCCCACGUGAGGGAAGAAGUAGCGUUUGGGAGAUGGCAUCGUGUAGUAGAGUGGUUCAUGAAAAGGGAUGCGGGAAUGGUGAUGAUUCGGAUCCGGAUGGUGAAAUGGCUACAAGGGCGGGCGAUGACGAGGAAAAAAUGCUUGACAUAGGAGUGGAAGAGGAUGAGUGUGAGGGUUUAAUUUAUAAACAGAGUGAAGGCACUACCAACACGAUAUCUAAUGCAGGAGGGGUUACUGCGGCAGAUGUACUUAAGAUGAAGUUCAAUAGUCCAGCGGAAGCAACUAUUUUCUAUGAAGAGUAUAGUAGGGCAAAGGGAUUUGCGAUGCGACAAGGGAAGAAGUUGAAAAAUAAGAAUGGUAAUUUUGUUCGUUACACGUAUCUGUGUAAUAGACAAGGGUUCAGAGACAAGAAGUGGCUAGAGAAGGUGGAUCGCAAGAGGGAGCACAAGGUGGUGAUCAUUGUGGAUGGGAAGAGGGAGCACAAGGUAGUGACUCGUUGCGGGUGUCCUGUGGAGAUGCGUAUUAAGCCUAAAGGGGAUAGUGGGAGAUGGAUUGUGUCUCUUUUUGUGGAGGAACAUAACCAUGAGCUGCUGCCUAUGAUGUAUGUGGACUAUCUACCUGCACACCGUAAGAUAUCUGAUGUUGAUAUUGCACACAUGGAGAGCAUGAGGCAAGUUGGGAUAUCAAUUCCAAAGAUCUAUGAGUCCAUUGCUGCACAGGCGGGAGGUUUUAAUUUGGUUCCGUUUACAAAGCGAGAUAUGUACAACGAGAUUAGGCGACAAAGGGCGAUGCAGAAUGGUGACGUGAAUGCUGCGUUGAGGGUUUUGGAGGGUGCGGCCCGGACGGACGAGAAAUUGUAUUGGAGGUACGAGGUUGGUGAGGGGCAGCACAUGUGCGAUCUAUUUUGGAGUGAUGGGCGAAGCCAGGAUGAUUAUAAAGUAUUUGGAGAUGUACUAGCAUUCGAUGCAACAUACGGGCGGAACAAGUACAAUCUGCCAGUAAUUGUUUUUUCUGGGGUUAAUCAUCACAACUAG